AGUAGGAUACUUCCUUCUCGUGUGUGUCUCUCUCUCUUUCUCUCUGUCUCUCUCGUUGGUUCCAUGGUGCCCAAGUGAGCUCGCGUGGCUCCCUGUCGUCUACGGUGAUGGUUGUUUUUGCUGUAGCCACCAAUUCCUCUUCUUAUGUUGGUUGGUGUUCGACCUCGUUCUCGUUCUUCCUCUUUGGCGUCCUUGUCCUCCUCGUCCUCCUGCUCAUGGCACAUGAAGUCGUCCAACGUUGUUACUCGGUUCUUUCCCCGUUCGUUCGUUCAUUCGUUCGUUCAUUCGUUCGUUCGUUCGUUCGUUGGUUUGCUCGUUUGCUCGUUUGUCCGCUCCCUGGUCUUGGUCUUGGGCGUCCGAGAUCCGUCGCUUCUGAAUUGUGAGGAGGAAGAACGGCCGUAAAGCCCAAGAACACGGCAACCAUCACCUUCUCCUUCGUCUCCUUCUACUUCUUCUUGGCCGUCGUCGUCUUCUUGUCCUUCUUCUUUCCUAUGGAUCCGAGCUUUGUCUGCAAGUUCUUGCCCUCGUUCUCGCCCCCGCGACUCAAUUUAGUCUUGUUCAGAAAAUAACUAUCAGCUUCUGCAACCAGUCAAAGUUGGAACACGUUCCGAAGAGGACACUACUACUGACCCACGGCACAAUUUAGCUUCAGACAAAUACUACAGAGAGUGCGGCCUUCAUCAUCGAUCGGUUUGGGGAAUCUUCCUCAGAUUGAAACGGCUUAGCUCACUCAAAGUCGUUGUUAGUUGUUGUUAGUUCUCAAAUGCUCAUGACUUCAAAGCACGCAAGUGGUGGGUGGUGACAAGCUUGAGUUCGGGAACUUACCAUACUUCCGGGAGCGUACCGAGCAUUCACUCACUCCCUUGCCCUUGAGCAACAAUUGGGUGCUAGUUCACAAUCCUUGGUGGAGCAUAAUUUGAUUGCAGGAAUUGGUCUCCUCAUGACUUUUGGAUGGCGACAAGGCUGUGACCGCCUUGUUUAGGUGUCACAACCUCACACGGCACUCACUCAGAACCCCCUCAAAAAGCCGGUGGCGUCGCAGUUGACCGCCUUCGAUUCUGCAACAGGAUGUUGUUGGGGUUUCACGCUGAAGACCGCUUCUUCCAGUUAAGUACCAUUUGGGUUAAUGCGAUGUUGGUGCUUACAUCGUUGAUCCCAAUCGUUUCCUUGAUUUAAACGCCCCCACUGGCAUUGACGGCUUCCCCAGUGGCUUGGAAUCAAAUUGAUUACCUACUCUAAUGCUUGGUCUUCAGCGCAGCUCUGAAUCACCAAUGAUUCGCUUGAUCUUGAUCAGUUGGCAUCUGUUGACGCUCUGUGGCUCUCGGGCUAGCAACGAGGUUUUGAAUCGGGCCGCUUCUGACUUGAAUUCAAUAGACAUAAACAACCAUUCUCCACUUGUGAUGCCAUCAUCAAUUCAAACUGGCCUUCCCUUGGGCGAACAGUCCUCCGUUGUCCGUGAUCAAAGUACCUUGAAAACUUCCAGUAAUUUGUUCCAGACAUCUCUCAAAGACUCGAACGUCCUCUCUUCACAUUUUUCAUUGCCAGCAUUACAACUACCACAACAAGAGCAACAAACAUCAUCACCAGCAGUGACGACAACAACAGCAGCAACAGUCGCCGCAGAAGCAGCAACAGUAGCAGCAUCUACAUCAUCAAAUUCAAUCAGUCACAAUCUCUACCAAUAUUCUCAGGAGCCAUCCCCUUCAUUUUCGUACGCGCUGCCCCCGAAGACUCCCUCUUCCAAGGCAAAUAUUUUCCCCAACUCCGAACUUUUAAGGAAACUUUCACAGUCCAGUUCGAGCAAUGGUUUGAGCCGCCCACAAAGCCUUCAAGGUCAACCAGAGGGUCGGACUCCAACGUCAGCAUUGUUACCACUCUCAUCAGCAGAAGUAUCAGUAUCAGCAGUAUCAGCAUCAUCACCUCCUUCGUCUGAAACACAAGAGGGACACUCUAAUCCAUAUGUGCGCGACAAGCGAUCAGCCAGUCCAAAUCAUCACAGUUCUGACAGUGCCAUCUACCUCAAUACGCCUUUGUCCAGGACAGGGCGGGACCGCUUUAAGCAUUCUUGGCGCCGACGAAAAUCCUUUUACGGACCUCCGAUGGAGGUAUCCAACCCUUCCUCCGCAUCCUCUCGCGUCUUAAAGCAGUCUUCCCUCUCUGAGUUUGAGUCACACUCAGAUCCCAACCCUCGAAAUCACCAUCACAAUCGCCGUGAGCAUCAACAGAAUUCGAAUGCGCUUUUCCCCCGAAGUAGUGACACAAACAAUAAGAACAAUAACAAUUUUGAUGACGACAACAGCAGCAACAACAUGAAUAACAACAACAACAAUAACACACCGUUGUCCCAACCAAGGGUGUCCCAGAGUUCUUACCGGUCCCAUCGAGUCGUCUCCCCCGAGUCUCUGGACAACAGGAACCUGUGGAAACCACCUGGCUCCCAGACUGACCUGUCCAUGCCCACAGGCCUACAAGAGGGCCCCGUGGUGGCUGCCAGUAUGUCUGAAUCGGCUAAUCUGGCCAACAACUCGCCAGUGGAAGCCUUUGCUGCCGUCGGGCAAGAUCUGGCCAGAAAUCUCAUGAUGAGGACACCUCGGUCCGGUCGAAGAUAUGAAGUUCCUCAAAUUGAAUGUCCUCGGACCAGCGAUCGCAUGGAGCUGUUUGCUUGUCCCACUCCUGAUUUCCGAGGUCGCUAUCGAUGCAUUGACGACCGGGUUCUAUGCAAUGGCUUCUUCGAUUGUCCCGGACACGAAGACGAGAACCCUGACCAAUGCCUCUUCUACAAGACUACGAAAGCCCACCUCGACAUCCUCGCUGAAGCUUUACUCCGAUGGGCACGAGGCCGAUAAGAAUGAGGCGUCUGGCCAUCCAGCGUCGCAACUAAAAAACCAAAAUAAGAGUCCUCGAAUCCUCGUGACCUCCAACAUGAAGACGGCGCCAAACGAAGCACUCGAACUCUAAUGUUGUCAAAAAAGAAGCCGGAGAGCCUGAUUGAUUUUUCGAUCCCAUUUUUUGGAAAAUGAGCCCUUACUAGCAAGCACUCGAGUGGACUUCGAUGAUACAAUUGAUGGCGAUGAUGAUGACGAUGAUAAUAAUCAUCGCCUCGUCUGAUCUUUUUUCUACGACCUUUCAAGCUGACAGACAUUUUCCGGGGUCACGUGGAACAUUCACAGUUUAUCCCGAUCCUGAUCAACGACGAGUCCUCAGAUGAGGUCAACUGAUUGUCGCCGAAGGCCACCCACAACCUCGCAGGGCUUACUGUGUACUAACUAACAACCCUACCUACCUACCUACCUACCUACUUAGAGAGUCGGCCUUGUAGCCAGUAGUCGACAAACGACUGAUAUGUCGGAUAUUUUUGGAAAGAUCAUUUCUGACUUCUUGUUCCAAUUCAUCUCCCAACUCUAAACUAAUGUAAGUGCUAGCGUACGUCUUCGUCCUCUUCCACUUCCUCCUCCUCCUCCUCCUCCUCCUCCUCCUCUUCCUCAAUUGGUUUCUAUCAUCAUGGAAAGUGAAGAUGAAAACAACAACACUCCCCCGCUAUCCACAUUACGUGCCCUCCCCUCUACCAAUUCUCCGACAAUUCUUGUUGUUCGUUGAAAACUCUUAUUUUUUCAUAUCCAGUAGCAUAAGGACAAACAAGCUUGCCCAGACACAAUCCCAAAGUAGCGCCACAGAAACAUAAGAACGAAGCCUUGGCCAAAUUCUGGAAAAUGCCCACUCUUCUCCGUGAAUAACUUAUGACCUUAUACACUAUUUGGUAAAUUGAACCACGUUAAUAGUAAUUGCGCCUUAGGCUCGUUGGAUGUGAGUCGGUAUUCCAUAUUGUGAAACUUAAUAAUAGUCGAGUUCGACAUCCAAAUUGUUAGCACGCCAAAGAAAAAACUGUACAAGCUAAAGGGCCAUCUUGCCCACCCCCAAUUU